AUGGGAGCGGGGAUGAAGCGCACGAGGAACAAGGAGGUAUUGUCUCUGGCGCUGGCACUGACCACGGACUCAUCAACGUCGUCCACAACGUCAGCGGACUCGGCCGGGUCACCGGCAAAGAAAGCACGGCGACGCGAGAGGGGCGCCAUGGUGGCGACUUCGGGUGAGGGGGAGUUCGUGUGCAAUACGUGCGGCCGUGCCUUCGCGUCCUUCCAGGCGCUCGGCGGGCACCGGACGAGCCACCUUCGGGGCCGCCACGAGCUGGAGCUCGGCGUCGGCAUCGCCAGGGCCAUCAGAGAACGGAGAAGACGGGAGAACAAGCAGCACGAGUGCAGUAUCUGCGGCAUGGGGUUCGAGACGGGCCAGGCGCUCGGGGGACACAUGAGGCGUCACCGCGAGGAGAUGGCUCUGCGCGGCGGCGGCGGCGACGACGACCAGUGGGUGUGGCGCAGCGUCGCGCUACUGCCGGGUCAGGUGGUGACGGGGCAGCAGGCCACUGCCAACCAGCCGCCUGUCUUGCUCAAGCUGUUUGUCUAG